UACUACCUCUGCAACGGUGUGUGGUUGUGAAUGGAAGCUCGAGCCCGAACAUUCGAUUGCUCGCCACCCUAUUAUCAUUACAAUAUGGGAGUACCAUCUAUAAAGCUGCUGUCAGGUGUGAUGAUGUUGCUGACAUUUGCAUGUCCCUGUCUGGCUUUGGUUUGCAAUGCUGGAGAAGAAGCGGUGAAGACCAAUGGCACCUCCUAUGAAUGCAGGACAUGUCCGCCAGGGAAGUACCAACCAAUAGCCAACACAACACUGGCAGAUGGUUUCAAGUGCUCCAAGAAAAUAUGCUCUCCUGAGGCAAGGGUGCCAAAUUUGGAAGAUCCAACCAUGGGCGCAGUGUGUGUUUGUGACACCACAAGAGGGUAUUAUGGAGAACACCCCGAUAAUUGCCGUAAAAGAGAUGAACCAUGUCCUACAAACAGUACAUUAACAAAGACCGGCAGGUGUGUUUGCAUUGACGGUCAUGCUGAGAAUGCCUUAGGCAUAUGUGUACCUGUAGGUCCCACCUCUGUAGGGACCACCCCUGUAGGGACCACCCCUGCAACUACCACAGGUGUUUUUGAUAAUCCAGUUCCACAGAGCCAGGGGUAAGUUUGUCAAGAUUAUUUUGAAAACAGCAUGAGGAAGUAAUUCAAAGUCAUAAAAAUUCAGCUGCAGCCACUGCCAUUUGUAGUGUGUGCACUGGUGCUUUGUCCUGAAGCCUUCGACCCAAACGCUUUGCCCUUUCCUUCUUGUGUUAUUUUUCAACAAAUUUCAACUUGAAAGUGGGUUCUUUGGUGGGGGUGAGGGCAAAUAUUUCCUGUUUGCUCUGAAUGUUUUGAUUCUGGAUCAGAGUGAUGGAUCAUUGUCUCAUCCUUGGUUAAAGUUCACAUGAAACAAUUAUCAUAAUUAAUUACCAUAAUGUUUGUACACAAAGGCCUGAGACCUAAAAGUACCGAAAUAAAUUGAUUGAUUGAAACAAUUAUCAAGAUUCUACUGAUAACUGGUCAAGAGGUCCUUCUAUAUUGUCAGUCGAAUCAGCUUCUGAUCUGGUAAGGGGGCACGGGUGGCC